GAGCUCCAGUCUGCAAAGUAGAGAGGAUAGCCUUCAGUGCCCAGUGUGAUCCAGUCUGCCCAUCUGUGCCCACCAUGAAGGGGUCUCCCUGCUGCCCAGCAAUGCUCAUCCUGAUUUUCCAUUCCCUCCUCCUCCUCCGUGGCUCCUCAGCCUGCCCAUCCCGCUGUGAUGUCACCAGGUGCCCGAGCCCCGUCUGCCCCAGCGGGUACAUCCCUGACCGCUGCAACUGCUGCCUGAUCUGUGCCGCAGGGGAAGGAGAGUCCUGUGGUCGGGAAGGGGAUCCCCCUUGUGGAGAUACUUUACACUGCAAGACACCGACUGGCAAGAGAGGUACCAAGGGCACAUGCCAGUGCAAGCAUGACUACCAGGUGUGUGCCAACGAUGGCCAGACCUAUGACAACCUGUGCCAACUGAAGCUGGCAAGUCGGAGAGCACUGCAGCAAGGACACCCCCCAGUGGUGCAGGUGCACAAGGGAGCUUGUCAAUCGGGUCACCAACAUGCCAACAGUCCGAGGUACAAAUUUAACUUCAUUGCUGAUGUGGUAGAGAAGAUUGCCCCAGCUGUUGUUCACAUUGAACUUUUCUUGAGGCAUCCCCUAUUUGGACGUAAUGUACCCUUGACCAGUGGAUCGGGCUUUAUCAUUUCGGAUUUGGGUUUAAUUGUGACCAACGCUCAUGUAGUGUCAAGCAGUAACACUGUAUCGGGUAGGCAGUACUUGAAGGUACAGCUGCACAAUGGGGACAACUAUGAAGCGACUAUAAAGGAUAUUGAUAAAAAAUCAGACAUUGCUACAAUCAAGAUCUAUUCAAAAAAAAAGCUACCAGUCCUAAUGUUGGGCCAUUCAGCAGAUUUAAGACCUGGAGAGUUUGUUGUGGCUAUUGGAAGCCCAUUUGCCUUACAGAACACAGUGACCACGGGAAUAGUGAGCACAGCUCAGAGAGAUGGAAAGGAGCUGGGCUUAAGAGACUCCGAUAUGGAUUAUGUGCAGACUGAUGCCAUCAUUAAUUAUGGAAAUUCUGGGGGUCCUUUAGUAAAUUUGGACGGGGAAGUGAUUGGGAUUAACACUCUCAAAGUUGCAGCCGGAAUCUCUUUUGCAAUUCCAUCUGAUCGCAUCACAAAAUUCAUGACUGAGUCACGUGACAAAAAAUUUAAAGGUAAAAAAAGGAAAUACGGGAAGAAGCGUUUCAUCGGGAUAAAGAUGCUGACUAUAACUCCUACACUUGUUGAAGAGCUGAAAUUAAACAACCCAGAUUUUCCAGAUGUUAGCAGUGGAAUACUUGUCCAUGAAGUGCUGCCCAAUUCACCAUCCCAGAGAGGUGGGAUCAAAGAUGGGGACAUCAUUGUCAAGGUUAAUGGUCGAUCGCUGAUGACAUCUAAUGAUUUGCACAACGCUGUAAUGAAUGAAUCACCUUUACUACUUGAAAUUAGAAGGGGAAAUGAUGACCUUUUAUUUAACAUAGAACCUGAAGUUUCCAUGUAAUGAAAAGAAAAACACAAAACAAAAAAAUAAA